GGGUAAAUGUACGAUACGUUUGAUUAAAGACAUUCGCACGUUACGCGAAUGUGACAUACAAUCUUUGACUGAUAUUUUUUUCUCAUUGAUAUCAUUCGAUCCAAAUAAUAGCAGGCUGGCAUCAGUGCAAGGUGAAAUCCGCGUUGGCGGAUCAUAUCAGGCGAAAUUGCCCCCUAAAGAGAAAUGCUCUGCGGUGGAUGAACCAGAUCGCGAUGAAUUGCAGUGGAGGCCAGGAUAUAUUAAUGAAGAGAGUGAACAUGUUUAUAAAAGGGCGACACGGUCAUUUCGAAUGUUUGCUAUGGUUCGAAACGAACAAAUUACACAAAUGGAGCGUGAUUUUAGGACUGGCGACUUAUGCAUGCAUGAUGCCAUAAUUACGGUUAGUAGCUUACAGAGUGAAUCAUUUUAA